CAACUAAUACAUUUGUUUUUUCUUUGCCUAAUGGCGCAAUUUAUACUAGACCAGAGCUUGAAUGUCCACGAAUCGGCGUAUUCCUGCUAUUGGUACGAUAUGCCUGUUGAUAUCCGUACAGAUAUAAUACUGAUUUUACUGAGGAGUCGUGUACCAUGCAAAAUAAUGGCUGGAAAAUUAUUCGUUAUGUCGCUGGAAAACUUCUGCUCAAUUCUACAAACGUCAAUGUCAUAUUUUACUGUAUUAGCUUCAUUUCGAUAAAAUUUGCUGAUA